AGCGGCAGUUCCACUGCACUCUCUCCCUGGUGCAGGCUGCGCUCAUACACACAUAGACACACACACUCUCUCUUAAACCAAUAGGAUACUGGACACACAUUCACAUAAUCCUAUACUUAAAGACAAUCUGCAGCUACACACACACACACACACACACACAAACUAUUAUACGCACUUACCCACUUUAACGUUACAUCAGAGGCAGUUGCAGACACUUCCACCUUACACAGACUUAUUUCUUCUUUACAAAUCUCACACAGAAGAAUGAGGACAAUUGUGCUUUGCGUUUGUGCCAGUCUCCUGGUUACAGCCACCCUGGUGCCUCGCACCAGCCAGGCAGCAGACUUCGAUGUCAACUCACACCAGAGAUGGGACGCUAGAGGACCUUUCACUUUGGGAUCUGAAUCUAGUACCCCCACCUCCUGCCCCCUGAAACUGAGACCCUCGGGCCAGUGUGGGAGCUCUGGGGCUAUGGCAGAGGAGGGGGAGGAUUGUCCAUACCAGCUCACCUUACCUCCCCUUACCAUCCAGCUGCCCAAGCAGUUCAGGCUGCUGGAGAGAACAAUGAAGGAGCUGCAGAGCCUGAAGGAGGUGGUGAACAAGCUAAGGAGUGGGUGCCAGGAGUGCCGUGGGGCACGAGGCAAUGGAGCUUUUGGGCGUCAGCAAGCUGACCAAGGACAGAGGGAUGCUGGGGAAGAAGUGAGACUGGACCUGACAGGACAGGACGUGCGAGGUGGGUCCAGCCAGGAGGUGAGGGGAGAUGGGACGGUCACUGGAGCUACUGUGGACAGUACUGGACCGGGACAAGGUUCUAUUUUUGGGAAAAUUAACCAAAGUCCAAGCACUAUGCAGGAGAUGCAGGUGAAGCUGAAUAGGAUGUCAGCCAGCCUGCGCAAUGCCAGGAGCCAGAUCUCGACUCUGCAUGGUCGUCUGGAGGGGCUCAACCUGCUCAACACGGACAACGUGCAGGCUAUGGUGGACAGGCGGGUGGAGAACAUCACUGGAGUGGUCAACAAGCUCAGGUCCACCUGCACCACGGAGUGUGCAUUACAGAAUACCCCUCAGUUCAUCUUGGUCCCUCGGGACUGUUCAGACUACAAUGUGCUGGAGAUGAGGAAGAAUGGAGUGUAUCGUGUGACCCCUGAUCCCCGCAAUGGGACAUUUGAGGUCUUCUGUGACAUGGAGUCCUUUGGAGGUGGCUGGACUGUGAUACAGCAACGGCUCAAUGGGUCUGUUAGCUUCAACCGAACCUGGGCUGAGUAUAAGAAGGGCUUUGGCAACCCCAGAGGGGAGUUCUGGUUGGGCAAUGACCAUAUCCACUUGCUGACAAAAGCCAAAGACAUGAUUCUGCGUAUUGAGCUGGAAGACUUUGAGGGUGUUCGGGAAUAUGCAAAGUACGACCAGUUCUAUGUGGCCAAUGAGUUCCUGCGCUACCGGCUGUCUGUCAGUGGAUACAGUGGGACUGCUGGGAACGCCAUCAGUUUCAACAAGCACUUCAACCAUGACCAGAAGUUCUUCUCCACGCCUGACCGUGACAACGACAUGUACCCCUCCGGAAACUGCGGUACCUACUAUAGCUCUGGCUGGUGGUUUGAUGCCUGCAUGUCCGCCAACCUAAACGGGAAGUACUAUCACAAGAGGUACAAAGGGGUCAGGAACGGGAUCUUCUGGGGAACAUGGCACAACAUGUCAACAGAGUCCUACCCUACCAACUACAGGCAGGCCUUCAAAACUGUCAAGAUGAUGAUACGGCCCAAGAACUAUGCUCCUUAAGAGGAAAGGUAAAUAUUCAUGAGUAUAGUCUGAUGGACAGACACAAUCAAAGACAAAGAAAAUGGAAGAACAAAUAGACUCAGAAACUCAUACACAUGCGCAUAGUCAUGUAUUUGCACACAUUUAUACAUGCAUACGUGCACAAUGAAAAAGAAUAUAAGCCCUAUUGCCCUAUAAAAGUUUGGAUGCAGUAAUAACAAAAAGAAUUGUGAAAGUAAAUAACCGUGCUAUUACUUUUUUUCUACUGUAGUGAGUGUGACCUUCAAAAUGAUGGAUUAAAAUUAUAGUAAUAAAGGACAAUGGACUAUGAACGAUGAUGGACUAAUAAAAACUAAAAAAAAAACAACACACGUGCAGUGUAAAGGAAAUCCUCCUACAGUGGCCAUAAUAUUAUACGGAGGGUUACCAUCAGAAAUUUUUCACUCUCUCCAAUUUCUGUCCUGAUGCCCCCUGCUACAAUCAGGACACAGCACAGCACACAGUAGUAGUAAAAACUAAUGAGCUAUCGUUUUUCUCCACUCCAACUGGUUUCAUAAUUAAAAGCAGCAACUCAAGUAAGCUAUAUGAAAGUUGAUGAUACAGUUUUGGGUGACCAGAGUCAAACUGUUUAAAAAAAAGCAACAAAAAAAAAUCUAUAGGCAAUGAUACACAGCACUCUUUAGGCAGCAGUGACCAAGUAAUAGCUUCUGUGUUGUUUAUUUAAUUACACUGGGACACGGUAACGUAUCAUCAUUCUGUACAAUAUAAAACAUCCCAGUACAAAUAUGUAGCCUGAGUUAAAUUUUUAUCGGGUCAUUCCCUAGUACAUUCUGCAUUAUGGAUGUUUCAGUAAAUUCUACGUGACAGCCGCUACAGAGCAGGACACUGCUGCAAGAAAAAACUGUUCAAAUCGUUUUUUACCCAUAGCUCUGGGAGCACUGAACUACUGCGCAUCUCUUGAUACAAUAGACCAGUAUUCAUUACAAAAAAAAAAAAAAAAAAUCCUCCCUGACCCACUGCUUG